GAUUGGGAGCUAUCCUAGCUCAAAAGGAUAAAAACCACAAGAAAUAUGUGAUAGCAUAUGCUAGUCGGGGACUCUCUAAGACCAAACGCAACUAUUCAGCCUUAGAAUUAUAUACCUCUGCACCAAAAGGGAAGAGAGCCCGGUGGAUUUUAAGGCUACAACUAUAUGAUUAUAGAAUUGUUCACAGAGUGGAACGAAAACACUCUAAUGUAGACUGGAAGGCACUGCCAGGGAGUGUUGAGACAUCACAGACUGAUGCAAAAGGACCCGCAUCGAGAAGUCUAUAA